AUGCUUGUGCUUGAAAAACACAUUUUGGUUGCAAGCAGCAAGCAAGGGGAAAAGAAGAAGAAGGCAUGCUGCACUGCUCGGAUCAUGAGCAUAAAAGGGGUGUGCAAUCUGUCAAUACGAACUAUUCCGAAUACCUGCACUACCACUCCGAUUGUGUAUUACAGACCGGCCAAGAAUCGAAGGAUGCAGAUGCUCACCUCCAUUGUCACUUCGAGAGAACUUGCACAGUAUCAGGCACAGACCACCUUCUCAUCUUCAUCUAUCCCGUUCUCUGUCUGCUUGCUUGGUGCUCUUCAACGUCUGCCGUCCCUCCAAAACGCGCCGAAACAACUUUGGCGGACGCUAACUUACUGCAUUUCCCGGCCUAAAUCCAAGCCACUGAGCCACUCCAUCCGUCAACACGAGCUUCACUAUCCACCCGCCCAAGGGGAUCACGGAACUACGCAUAUGGCAAACCCGCGUAUACCUAGGUACCCGCACGGCCUUGGCUCAUGCAUCCGGACAAAGAGUUCAACACCACCAGGGCGGGCUGAACAAAGAACCUCGACACUCAGCUCUCGCGACAUGCUCAGAAAUGCCGUCACUGAUUCUCGAGUCAAGUCAAGCUUUCUGAGCAGCGGCCCACCUAAGCACUUCCUCCAAACUCUCGCAUCUCCAUACCACCCCACCGAACAUAGAAAAAGCCAUUCGGAACAGGGAUUGAGGUAUUAUGAGGGUGAGACGAAGGCGCUUUACUCAGCGACGGCUCUCACCUACACCAAGAAACCUGCUGCUGAACAUCCUGAAGACCUAACCUGGAUCCUCGUCGUUGCUCCACUUCCGUCUACCCCGCCGCUGUGCUUCUCGCCAAUUCAUUCUAUUCCCGCAUAUGAAAGCCGAAAUACCAACCGGCCCUUCGCUCUAUUUGACUUCCUCUCUCUUGACACACUCAUUCACGCAACGUGUACUGCUAUCAAGAUGAGAGAAUAUUAG